UUAAGGCAGGCAGGAGGUGUGCAGUGCCUCUCGUGCCUCUCACCAAUCUUCACCUGGGCACCCUCACCUGGGCUCUGAGCCGGCCAGUGCCUGAAGCCUGGAACGAAUGCAGCAGCUUGUUCCCCGGGACACCAGUUCCUGGGAGCUACUGGCUGAUAAGUGACAUCCCUGGGAUGUAAGUGCGGCUGAUUGAAAGUCAGAGGUAAACAGCCAGGUCUCUGUCCCUGCCAUGUCACAGGUGAUGUCCAGUCCGCUCCUGGCAAGAGGUCACACAGUUGGCUUAACUCCCUGUGAGGAGCCCAGGAGGGUCCUGCACCCAGCACCCAGCCCCAGCCUGCCACCUCAGUGUCCUUACUACACCACAGAAGGCUGGGGAGCCCAGACCCUGAUGGCCCCUGUGUCCUACAAAGGGCCUCCCAGCAGGCUCCAACAGGCCUCCCAGGCUGACCUGCCAUCUCCUAGUGAGCAGACUUCAGGGGCCCUUGCGGACCUGGAUUCCUACAUUGACUUCUCCCUGGAGAGCCUCAAUCAAAUGAUUCUAGAACUGGACCCUACCUUCCAGCUGCUUCCCACAGGGACUGGUAGUCCUCGGGCUCAGUCCCCCCACAGCACUACCUCCUGGACCAAGAAGGAAGAGCCUGAAGCUUUGGAUAUAAAGUACAUCGAGGUGACCUCCACCAGGUCAAAGGGCCGUGAUGCUCCUCAGCGCAGCUCCAGCCCAUCCGUCACACCACCCUCUGGCUCCCCACGCAGUGUUGGGUUCCUGCUUUCCAGAGACAUUCCCAGAGAGACUCGGAGCAGCAACGAAAGCCUCAUCUUCUCCGGGAACCAAGGCACGGGGCACCAACGCCUUCAUCCUGGGACUCCUUCCUAUCCUCCCCCAUCCUCUCCCAGCAUCGCCAUUCCUUGUAUGGGAAGCAAAACGUUGGGUCCCAAUGUCUUGGGCUCCCCAAGAGUAGCUUCUCUAGGCUUGGAGAAGGGACUGGGAGUUCUGGCCCCCCAGAGGGGCAGUAGGAUCUCUGUGCUGUCAGCCAGCCCAGCAUCUGACAUCAGCUACACAUUUGGAAGCAGCAGCCAGUCUCUCCUCUACUCCAGCACCUCUAGCCAUCAGUCAUCUCCUAGAUCCUUGGAAAGCCCAGCCAGCUCUUUCUCCAGCCUCCACAGCCUUGGCCCAGUGUCCCUGUGCACGAAAGCCAGUGACCUCCAGGCCCCUGGCAACUCCAGCCUAAGUACAGUCCAAGCCAAAGCAACCCACUCCCCACCACUGGCCAAGGAGCAUGCCAGCAGCUGCCCCCCAUCCAUCACCAACUCCAUGGUGGACAUACCCAUUGUGCUGAUCAAUGGCUGCCCAGAACCAGGAUCUUCCCCACCCCAGUGGGCCCCAGGACACCAGGACUUUGUCCAACCCAGGGCUGCUACUUCCAGCAACUCUGGUCCAGCAACCAGGAGUCACAGCCAGACCCUGCCAGAUGCCUCUCUCACCACAUCCCCAGAAGGUCCCACCAGGGACAUGCAGCCCACCAUGAGGUUUGUGAUGGACACAUCUAAAUACUGGUUUAAGCCAAGCAUCACUCGAGACCAAGCAAUCGAGCUGCUAAAGAAGGAGGAGCCGGGGGCUUUUGUCGUGAGAGAUAGUUCUUCAUACCGAGGCUCCUUUGGCCUGGCCUUGAAGGUACAAGAGGCCCCAGCACCUGCCCACAACAGACCAGGUGAGGACAGCAAUGACCUGAUCCGCCACUUCCUCAUUGAAUCUUCUGCUAAAGGGGUGCAUCUCAAAGGAGCAGAUGAGGAGCCCUACUUUGGGAGCCUCUCUGCUUUUGUGUGCCAGCAUUCCAUCAUGGCCCUGGCCCUGCCCUGCAAGCUCACCAUCCCUCUGAAAGAACUGGGAGGUGGAGGCGGAGCCUCGGACCCCUCUGCAGACUGCCGGGCGUCCAGCGUGAAGAAAUCCGCGGGCUGCCAUGCACUGUACCUAAGCUCUGUGAGUGUGGAGACCCUGACCGGAGCCCUGGCGGUGAAGAAGGCCAUCUCCACCACACUGGAGCAGGACGUCCUCCCCACACCCACUGUGGUCCACUUCAAGGUCACGGAGCAGGGCAUCACUCUGACAGAUGUCCAGAGGAAGGUGUUUUUCCGACGUCACUACCCACUGGGCACCCUGCGUUUCUGUGGCAUGGAUCCUGAGCAACGGAAGUGGCAAAAGUACUGCAAGCCCUCCUGGAUCUUUGGGUUUGUGGCCAAGAGCCAGACAGAGUCACAGGAGAAUGUGUGCCACCUCUUUGCGGAGUACGAUGCAGUCCAGCCAGCCUCACAGGUCACCAGCCUGGUGAGCGCACUGCUGCAGGACACAGAGCGGGUAUAGGUCCUGUGCACCUGGCCAGACAUCCCAGGGGGCUGGAUCCCCCUCCACUCCUGGAGCAGGGCCAAUUGCCAUGCUGAUGGACCAACCUGGAAUAGAGUCAUACCAAGUUGAAACCCUGAAACCUGCUGUCCCCUUCAGAGGUGACCUUUAUCCACACCCCUGUCCUGGACCUCAGUUUCCUUGGCCACAAAAAGAGGCCAGUAGGCCGGACUGUUCUUCACAGAACGAUGAACUUAUUGAACCUCCCUGUGAGUCUGAGGCACACCCACACCUAAGGACCACCCCCACCACCAUCACCAUGUGAAUACAACCUCUGAUGCCAUCAGAUUAGACACUGCAACACGGCACCCUGGCCUAGAGACCCAUAACUGUCCAGUGGCAAUUAGGGGGUGCUAGAAGAACUGACUUCCUACUUCCUUGGUAGCUCUAUGGGCAGCUAUUCCCAGGACCAAGGGAUACACCUGCUCUCGCUUCUUCAGCCCUGUGUAGCCAGAGGGCAGUUUAACAGGGGGUGGGGGAAGGACACAGCUUCUCACGGUCAGGGACGACCCAGCAGUCUUUAAGUUCUGUCCCUACCAUUACAAAUGAAUAUCAGCUUCCUCUUUU